CUUUUGUUGUGCAGAAGGGGGUCGGAUGGGGGAAGGGCCGCGGCCGCCUGCCUGCCUGCUGCCGUGUGGGAGAGCCUGCAACCCGGACAGUGGGAGCUCCACGGCACGCCGAGCCCAGGGACAUCCACACCGGGGGACCGAGCCGAGACGCCUCUCUUUUCGCCGCAGGAUGAAGUAAAGCCCGCUCCGCGGUCUCUCCAUCUCCCUCUCCGUCCCUCCUUACUUACCGACAUGUGCGGGACUGAGAUUGCGGUCAAUCUUCGUGCUUUUCUUUCGUUUCAUUUGCGUUAUUAAACGGUGUCCUGGUCAGGCCCGGGAGGCUCUGAAUUAUUUUGAAAAGAGGAAUAAAAGGGAAGGACAAAACCAAGAGGAGCAUGGCCAUGGCUGCUGCCUUCUUUUCCAAUGGCCCUGUGGCAUGUACCCCAAGCGACACAGAGCUCAACAGCAUUUACCGUGAUUUGGAGCUGGGCACCGUGCUUACUCUGUUCUAUUCUAAAAAAUCUCAGAGACCUGAGAGGAGGACAUUUCAGGUGAAGCUGGAGACGAGACAGAUCAUAUGGACCAGGGGCACAGACAAAAUUGAGGGAGAAAUUGACAUUAGGGAGAUUAAGGAGAUCCGGUCAGGUCAGAAGUCUCGAGACUUUGAGCGCUAUGUGGAGGAUUCAGCAGCCAAACCGGACCAGGCCCACUGCUUCGUCAUCCUGUACGGAACAGAGUUUCGCCUCAAAUCCCUCAGUCUGGCAGCCACGUCCGAUGAGGAGAUGACGAUGUGGGUGAAGGGUCUGACUUGGCUGGUCACAGACACCCUGCGCUCUCCCACCCCUUUACAAAUAGAACGGUGGUUAAGGAAGCAGUUUUAUGCCGUUGAUCGCAGCAGAGAAGAUAAAAUUUCUUGUAAGGAUCUGAAAAACAUGCUGUGUCAAGUCAACUAUAGAGUCCCCAACAUGAAGUUUCUACGAGAGAAGCUUCCGGAUGGAGAGUUGAGGAGUGGUGAUGUUUCUUAUUGUCAAUUUGCUCAGCUGUAUCGUAGCCUGAUGUUCGACGCUCAGAAAUCUAUGGAUAUACCCUUUCUUCUUAGGUUUACUGAGAGGCCUGAGCAAAGGAUCUCACUAGAAGAUUUUCAGAGCUUUUUAAUUGAAUAUCAGAAGGAGCUUUGGGCCACAGAUAAAAACAAAGUGCAGGAGUUCAUGUUCCAUUACCUGAAGGAUCCUCUAAGGGAGAUCGAGCAGCCUUACUACCUUCAGGACGAGUUUCUCACUUACCUGUUCUCCAAGGAGAACUCCAUCUGGGAUGCCACGCUUGACCAUGUGCGUCCGGAGGACAUGAACAAUCCUCUUUCUCACUACUGGAUUUCUUCCUCACACAACACCUACCUGACAGGAGACCAGUUUUCCAGCGAGUCAUCACUGGAGGCGUACGCACGCUGCCUAAGGAUGGGCUGCAGAUGCAUUGAGUUGGACUGCUGGGACGGUCCUGAUGGAAUGCCAGUCAUCUACCACGGCCACACCCUGACCACCAAGAUAAAAUUUUGUGACGUCCUCAUGACGAUUAAAGAGCACGCCUUUGUCACGUCCGACUACCCAAUCAUCCUUUCCAUUGAGGACCACUGCAGCAUUGUGCAGCAGAGGAACAUGGCCUCCUUCUUUAAGAAAGUCUUCGGAGAGAUGCUCUUGACCAAAGCAGUGGACAUCUCUGCUGAUGGCCUUCCCUCACCCAACCAGCUCAAGAGGAAGAUUCUCAUCAAACACAAGAAGUUAGCAGAGGGAAGUGCAUACGAAGAAGUUUCCACAUCCACUCCCUACUCAGAAAAUGACAUCAGCAACUCGAUCAAGAAUGGCAUACUCUUCCUGGAGGACCCCAUCAACCAUGAGUGGUACCCUCACUUCUUUGUCCUGACAAGCAGUAAGAUCUACUACUCUGAAGAGACCACCAGUAACCAAGGCAACGAAGAUGAGGAGGAGCACCGUGAGGUGGGGAAUGGCAUGGACCAGCAUGUGAGUGAGAAGUGGUUUCACGGCAAGCUUGGCGCUGGACGCGAUGGCCGACAGAUCGCUGAGCGGUUGCUUUCGGAAUACUGCCUGGAGACGGGAGCCCCAGACGGUUCCUUUCUGGUCCGCGAGAGUGAGACGUUUGUGGGAGAUUACACCUUGUCUUUCUGGCGCUCUGGUCGAGUGCAACACUGCCGGAUUCACUCUAGGCAAGAGGCCGGCAGCCCAAAAUUUUACCUGACUGACAACUUAGUCUUCGACACACUGUUCGCCCUCAUCACGCACUACCAGCAGGUGGCGCUGCGCUGUAACGAGUUUGAGAUGAAACUGACAGAGCCUGUGCCCCAGACCAACGCCCACGAGAGCAAAGAGUGGUACCAUGCGUGUUUGUCCCGUAGCCAGGCUGAGAACAUGCUGAUGAGGGUUCCACGGGACGGAGCCUUCCUUGUGAGGAAGAGGGCGGAAUUCAAUUCCUUUGCCAUCUCCUUCCGGGCUGAGGGGAAGAUUAAACACUGUCGUGUGCUGCAGGAGGGUCAGACGGUGGUCCUCGGCACCUCUGAGUUCGACAGCCUGGUGGAUCUGAUCAGCUAUUACGAGAAACAUCCACUUUACCGCAAGAUGAAGCUGCGAUACCCAAUCAACGAGGAGACACUGGAGAAGAUCGGCACUGCUGAACCCGACUAUGGAUCUCUAUAUGAGGGUCGUAACCCAGGCUUCUAUGUGGAGGCCAAUCAAAUGCCCACUUUUAAGUGCACUGUGAGAGCUAUGUACGAGUACAAGGCCCAGCGAGAUGAUGAGCUUUCCUUCAGUAAGAACACCAUCAUUCAGAAUGUGGACAAACAGGAAGGAGGCUGGUGGAAAGGUGACUAUGGCGGUAAGAAGCAACUUUGGUUCCCUGCAAACUACGUAGAGGAAAUCAGCCCUACAGCGGUGGAGCCGGACAGAUCUGCAACGGAGAACAGCCCUCUGGGAGACCUCCUGAGAGGAAGUGUGGACGUGUCUUCCUGUCAGAUCGUGGUCAGGCCGGAUGGAAAGGGCAGUAGACCUCAUGUGUUCUCCCUGCUGCCCAUGGGCUCUCCGCGUACGGGUCCAGUGCUGGAUGUGGCUUCCAGCUCUCAAGACGAGUUGAAGGACUGGGUGCAGAAGAUCAGAGAGGUCGCCAUGACCUCUGAGGCCAAGCUGGAAGAGGGGAAGAUGAUGGAGAGGAGGAAGAAGAUUGCACUGGAGCUCUCGGAUCUGGUCAUCUAUUGCCGGCCUGUUCCUUUUGAUGAAGACAAGAUCGGGACAGAGAGAGCCUGUUUCAGGGACAUGUCCUCGUUCCCCGAGACCAAAGCUGAGAAGUAUGUGAACCGGAUCAAAGGGAAGAAGUUUCUGCAGUACAAUCGGCUGCAGCUCUCUCGGAUUUAUCCCCGCGGCCAGCGCCUCGACUCUUCCAACUAUGACCCCUUACCCAUGUGGCUAUGUGGCAGCCAGCUGGUGGCCCUCAACUUUCAGACCGCAGACAAACCCAUGCAGAUGAACCAGGCUCUCUUCAUGCUGAACGGAAGGAGUGGCUACGUGCUGCAGCCGCCAAUCAUGCGAGACGACAACUUCGAUCCUUUCGACAGGCACUCUCUGAGAGGAGUGGAGCCAGUCACACUGAUUAUAGAGGUGCUGGGUGCACGCCACUUGCCCAAGCAUGGUCGGGGCAUCGUGUGCCCACUGAUAGAGAUCGAGGUGUGUGGGGCGGAGUACGACAGUGCCAAACAGAAGACCGACUCUGAGGCGGAUAACGGACUGAACCCCAUAUGGCCCCGGAAGCCCUUCCGUUUCACCGUGGGCAACCCCUCCUUUGCCUUCCUGCGCUUCGUAGUCUAUGAGAUUGACAUGUUCAACGACCAGAACUUUCUCGCUCAGGCCACCUUCCCAAUCAACUGCCUCAAACCAGGCUACAGGUCAGUCCCGCUGAAGAACAGCUACAGUGAGGAUCUGGAGUUGGCCUCACUGCUAGUUCAUCUGGACAUCAUCCGAGGCCGGCAGCAUGAGAAUGGAGAGAUGUUGAGUCCGUUUCUGGGUGCGGGGGCAGUAGGGGUGUCGGUGGGCAGAGAUCGGCUAGUGGACACUGGCUCAAUCUCCUCUGUGUCCUCCAUGUCCCCUCUGCCCUCGUCUCCUGGACAGGCACUGGGCUACCGAGGCAGAGAGGGAUCCUUCGAGGCUCGCUACCAGUCUCCGCUGGAUGACUUCAGAGUGUCACAAGAGUCACUGCUGGACCAUGUGGACCCCCAGAACAGGAGGCUGAUGCGAAGACCCCGGGUCAGUGCAGACAACCGCGUGUAGCCCCACCCAACACACAACCCACCCACCCACCCACGGCCAGCAUAGGGGUCUGUCAGUGCUGAUGAUGUCAUGGACUGCUGUGAAACCUGUUUCUAUGGAAACGUUGUCGCCAGUGCGUUUGGCCUACAUUUCAGGCAGAACCUCUCUCUCUCUCUCUCUCUCUCUCUCUCUCUCUCUCUCUC